AUGGGCAACGCGGGGAGCAUGGAUUCGCAGCAGACCGAUUUCAGGGCGCACAACGUGCCUUUGAAGCUGCCGAUGCCCGAGCCAGGUGAACUGGAGGAGCGGUUUGCCAUCGUGCUGAAUGCUAUGAACCUACCCCCGGACAAAGCCAGAUUACUGCGACAGUAUGAUAAUGAGAAAAAGUGGGAACUGAUUUGUGAUCAGGAACGAUUCCAGGUGAAGAAUCCUCCCCAUACAUACAUUCAAAAGCUCAAGGGCUAUCUGGACCCAGCUGUAACCAGGAAGAAAUUCAGACGGCGUGUUCAAGAAUCCACACAAGUGCUAAGAGAACUGGAAAUUUCUUUAAGAACCAACCAUAUUGGAUGGGUCAGAGAGUUUCUGAAUGAAGAAAACAGAGGUCUUGAUGUUCUGGUGGAGUAUCUGUCAUUUGCACAGUAUGCGGUAACUUUUGAUUUCGAGAGCGUGGAAAGCACGGUGGAGAGCUCGGUGGACAAAUCAAAGCCCUGGAGUAGGUCUAUCGAGGAUCUGCACAGAGGGAGCAACCUGCCCUCCCCCGUGGGCAACAGCGUGUCCCGCUCAGGAAGACAUUCUGCGCUGCGAUAUAAUACUUUGCCAAGCAGAAGAACCCUGAAGAAUUCAAGAUUAGUGAGUAAGAAAGAUGACGUACAUGUCUGUAUCAUGUGUUUACGUGCCAUCAUGAAUUACCAGUAUGGUUUCAACAUGGUCAUGUCUCAUCCACAUGCUGUCAAUGAGAUCGCACUGAGCUUGAACAACAAGAAUCCAAGAACAAAAGCCCUUGUCUUAGAACUGUUGGCAGCUGUUUGUCUUGUCAGAGGCGGGCAUGAAAUCAUUUUAUCAGCAUUUGACAACUUUAAGGAGGUUUGUGGAGAAAAACAGCGCUUUGAGAAGUUGAUGGAACAUUUCAGGAAUGAAGACAAUAACAUAGAUUUUAUGGUGGCCUCCAUGCAGUUCAUUAAUAUCGUAGUCCAUUCAGUGGAAGACAUGAAUUUCAGAGUGCACCUCCAGUAUGAAUUUACCAAGCUAGGCCUGGAUGAAUACUUGGAUAAACUGAAGCACACGGAGAGCGACAAACUCCAGGUGCAGAUCCAGGCGUACCUGGACAACGUGUUCGACGUGGGAGCUCUGCUGGAAGACGCUGAAACCAAGAACGCGGCCUUGGAGAGGGUGGAAGAGCUGGAGGAGAACAUUUCUCAUUUGUCUGAGAAACUGCAGGACACGGAGAAUGAAGCCAUGUCCAAGAUCGUGGAACUGGAAAAGCAGCUCAUGCAGAGGAACAAGGAGCUGGAUGUUGUUCGGGAAAUCUACAAAGAUGCAAAUACCCAGGUUCACACAUUAAGGAAAAUGGUCAAAGAAAAAGAAGAAGCCAUUCAAAGACAGUCUACCCUGGAAAAAAAGAUUCAUGAACUGGAGAAACAAGGGACCAUUAAAAUUCAGAAGAAAGGGGAUGGGGACAUCGCCAUCCUGCCGGUCGUGGCUUCUGGCACAUUGUCCACGGGGUCAGAAGUGGCCGUGGGUAACUUUGUGGGACCAGUAACGGGGGCCGCCUCCUCGGGACCCCUGCCCCCCCCUCCUCCCCCACUACCUCCAUCGUCGGACACACCUGAAGCAGUGCAAAAUGGUCCAGUCACGCCACCCAUGCCGCCACCGCCCCCGCCCCCUCCCCCUCCCCCCCCUCCUCCCCCGCCGCCCCCUCCUCCUCCUCUCCCAGGCCCUGCAGCCGAGACUGUGCCUGCUCCUCCUUUACCACCCCCUCCUCCUCCCUCUGCACCCCCGCUGCCUGGGACAUCCUCACCCACAGUGGUUUUCAACUCAGGAUUAGCAGCUGUGAAAAUAAAGAAGCCAAUCAAGACGAAAUUCAGAAUGCCAGUUUUUAACUGGGUUGCCCUGAAGCCAAAUCAGAUCAAUGGCACGGUCUUCAACGAGAUUGAUGACGAGCGGAUUCUGGAGGAUUUAAAUGUGGAUGAAUUUGAAGAAAUAUUUAAGACGAAAGCCCAGGGUCCUGCCAUUGAUCUUUCUUCAAGCAAGCAGAAGAUAACACAGAAGGGGUCCAACAAAGUGACAUUACUAGAAGCAAAUAGGGCCAAAAAUCUUGCCAUAACGUUAAGGAAAGCUGGAAAGACCGCCGAUGAGAUAUGUAAAGCUAUACAUGUAUUUGACUUGAAGACAUUGCCUGUAGACUUCGUAGAAUGUUUGAUGAGGUUCUUGCCAACUGAGAACGAGGUGAAAGUGUUUCGGCUCUAUGAGCGGGAAAGGAAGCCCCUGGAGAACUUGUCAGAUGAAGACCGGUUCAUGAUGCAGUUCAGUAAAAUUGAGAGACUCAUGCAGAAGAUGACCAUCAUGGCCUUCAUUGGGAACUUUGCAGAAAGCAUUCAGAUGCUGACUCCUCAACUGCACUCAAUUAUAGCAGCAUCUGUUUCUAUAAAGUCGUCCCAAAAACUCAAGAAAAUUCUGGAGAUCAUCUUGGCCCUUGGAAACUAUAUGAAUAGCAGUAAACGAGGAGCAGUUUAUGGAUUUAAACUUCAGAGUUUAGAUCUGCUCUUAGAUACAAAGUCGACAGACCGAAAGCAAACACUGUUGCACUACAUUUCAAAUGUGGUAAAAGAGAAAUAUCACCAAGUGUCCCUGUUUUAUAACGAGCUUCACUAUGUGGAGAAAGCUGCCGCAGUCUCCCUCGAGAAUGUUUUACUGGACGUCAAGGAGCUCCAGAGGGGCAUGGACUUAACCAAGAGGGAGUACACCAUGCACGACCACAACACGCUGCUGAAGGAGUUCAUCCUCAACAACGAGGGGAAGCUGAAGAAGCUGCAGGAUGACGCCAAGAUAGCACAGGAUGCUUUUGAUGAUGUGGUGAAGUAUUUUGGAGAAAACCCCAAGACGACUCCACCCUCUGUCUUCUUUCCCGUCUUUGUCCGGUUUGUGAAAGCCUAUAAGCAAGCAGAAGAGGAAAAUGAGCUGAGGAAAAAGCAGGAACAAGCCCUCAUGGAAAAACUCCUAGAGCAGGAAGCUCUGAUGGAGCAGCAGGAUCCAAAGUCUCCUUCCCACAAAUCAAAGAGGCAGCAGCAGGAAUUAAUUGCAGAAUUGAGAAGGCGACAAGUGAAAGAUAACAGACAUGUAUAUGAAGGAAAAGACGGUGCCAUUGAAGACAUUAUCACAGAUCUUAGAAACCAACCAUACAGACGAGCCGAUGCGGUGAGGAGAAGUGUCAGGCGGCGCUUUGAUGAUCAGAACCUGCGUUCUGUUAAUGGUGCCGAGAUAACCAUGUGA